UAUAUGAAUAUAAAUGUUACAAGAGAUCUUCAAAGAGUACUUCUAUUACAAACUAUAAAAAUAUUAUAUAGACAACUAUACAACUGAUAAUUUUAAUAGUAUACUCCAUCAUAAAUUAUGAAAGAUUCACUCAUGACAUAGCACUUUUACUUAUACUAUAUUAGAGAGAUCUCAUGCAAUCUUUUCUCUAUUAAUUAUAUAUUUCAUCUUAUGUGAAACUUGAAAUUCGGACCUCCUAAUAUAUAAAUAUUUAUUAACUUAUGAUCAAACCACAGAGCUGAUUUCCUCUUGUGUUAUAUCUUUAACCCAUUGUUUUCACUCUUUAAGGAAAUAUAUUUUGGAUUCAGAACAAAAACGUAGAAACCAAAGAACUAAUAUUAACAGUAGGCCAAAAACAAUUAUCCCAUAAAUCCUACAAAUUUAUGUUCUGUAGAUAUAUAAAAUUGUGGGAUCUGUUGUAUAAUUGUAACUUUUUAACAAAUAAUUGUAACUUUAAGAAGUAAAAUUUUAAUUUUAACAAACAGCUGGGGUACUCAAGCAUCUCCUGCGAGUUUGAUUCAGCGCAAAUCAUCCAAGAUGUUUGAAAGUAGAAAUAUAUUCUGAUCAUAUCUAAAAUUUAGACGCCAAUACUCUUGUAUUUUUUUACUAAGAGAAAGAAUCAUAUACGUAUUAGUAAAGUUAUUUGGUAUGCUGAAAAUGAUAUUUUGAAAUGCAAUUUAUGAUGUUGAAACUCUCUUGCUCUAUUGGUUUAACUAAAUAUUCAUUAAUGUUUCUAUACAAUGAAGUAUGAAUUUUAAGUUCUAGGGAAAGAGAACUAUAUGAAUAUAAAUGUUACAAGAGAUCUUCAAAGAGUACUUCUAUUACAAACUAUAAAAAUCUUAUAUAGACUUAAAAUUCAUACUUCAUGGUAUAGGUUAGUGAAACAGGUCCUGGCCGAUGAGCUUGUCUUUAUGUCUAUCACCUAACUUUGAGAUUCAUUUGAUAUAGGUUUGUGUUAAAAAAACAGCAUUUUAAUAAAAUAACAAUUAAUUGUUGUUUUAGAAUGAUAAUUUAAUUGAAUCAACAACAUUUCUCUCAAUUUGGUUUAUAAAACAUCAAAUCGAAGAAUAUAUUUUUAUUGGGACCAUAGACAAUUUAAUAAAAACUUUAAUAACUUAAUAUUUAUAAUUAAACAGAUAUAAAAAAGUAUGUGUAUUAACUUAAAACUGGGGAUACAAAUUUGGGGGCAACACCAAAUGUUUUAUUGAUUUAUGCCUAGGACCGCCCAUGAUUCUUAUUAGAGCUGUUUAAGUUAGUUUUCUUCUGAUGAACCCCACAGUAGGGUUGGAUCUGGGCACAACCUAAUAAAAUAUCAGCCUUCGUCUCUGACGUCAACCAUAGCGUGCUUUUCAUAGUUCGAUUGGCUCUCCUUGCUGCUUUCGAUGUCGACUUCUGGGAUUUUGAGGAUAACCCCUGUAAUGGCGUCAACUGCUUUCAAGGAGCUUUCUCUUGUUGGUUCGGUCGCUUGUUUUCCAAGGAGUUUCACUUCUCCUUCAGUUCUUCAUUUCCCUUCUCCCAAGCUUCAGAAGAUAACUUCUUCAUUUACUUGCUGUCUCUGCCGCAUCCAUUGUGUCGUGUAGCCGGAUGGGGAGCUGCAUUUACCGGCUGCGCUUGACAGUAACUUGUGCUUUCACUUUCAGCGGUGUUUCCUCAGGUCUACAUUUUUGUCGUCUGCCACAUUAGCUUGAGCCCGUUUUUCAGCUUCUUCCUCCUCUAGUGGAGCUCCAGUCGCCUUUUUCGAUCCCUGCUUGAGCCACUUCGGUGAGUGCUUGACUGAACUUGCCUCUAGCUAUUCUCUUGAUGGUCUGGUUACUCUAGUUGUCAGGAAGCGCUUGGGUGGGGAAUUUAAUUUGAUGUCUGUUGUCCUAUAAUGUUUAUUAACUUCAAAGUUCAUCAUCCUUGGCAAGCUUUGAGUUAAUCUCUUUGUGUCUUGGGGGUUUUUUAAAACUUUUUGCGGCCCCUAAGAUUCAGAAUGGCUUUAGAGUAGAAUCUGGUCGCGAUCCAUUUUGUAACCAAACCUUCUUGAUUAAUGACAUUUACAAUUUAGCAAAAAAAAGUUAUCGGUCUUCAUUUUUAAAAAAUUCUGGAAGCUUUUUAUAUGAGUACUGUAUAUAGAUUUCCAAAUUGCAAAAAAAAAUUAUUAUAUUAUUAAAAAUGUUUAUAGCUUCUAAAAUUUCACAUCAGGCCAGGGCCCAGAUAAAUUCUGAAUCAGAGAGGCAUAUCAGAACUAGCCAACUAGGGUUUAAGAAAAAGAAGGCGAUGGGUUUUAGGAGGAAUCAAUAAACGAUGGACUUACGUUCAAAAUAAAAAACAUGGACUACACUCCGGAUCCUUUGGUCACAAGGAAUGCAAUGCAAUGUAUUUUUUGGUUAAGAGAUUAAUGAAAGUACAAAUGCAUUGUAUCUUUAAUUCGUUAUUUUGACCUUAACAAAAAUAAUAUUAGCGCACUAAUUUUCAAAAAUAAAUAGAUAAAGUUUCAAAAGUAUGUUCUUUUGAAACUUUCAGAAAAUUAUCAAAAUUUUAUGUCUAGAUUUUUUCCCUUUUGUUUCCCAUUUUACUUAUGACCAUUCCAAACAUUCUUUCAAUAUGCCAAUCAUACAUUAGUUGCAUCUUUACAUUCAGAAAUCGGUUUGAUAUUUUUAUUUCCUACUGGAAAUCUGACGGAUUAACUCGAAACGAUCUUCUUGAUCUGUUAGUUAACAAGCAAAGCGAUCUUGUAGGGGUUGAAAGACGAGAGUGCCUGCCUUUUUCUUUCAGGUGGGACUUUCUCACCCUUCUUGGUUCCUGCAAUUCCUUAGGUGUGAAUCAAUGAAUUUCUGUGUUAAAUACUUGUAAAAUGACAACUAAUUUAUGGUGAUUUGGUUAGACAAAUUGGAGACAUAUAUUAUACUUUAUUAGAUAAAUCCAAAGUUGGACUAAUCGUUAGUAUUGUUAGCCUAAAUAUUAGUUGGAUUUCGGCCCAUACAUUUUAUAGUUAAUAGAGAAAAAAGAAAAACGCAUCGUUUUAUCUAAUAUUAUGUGUCGUUUAUUCUAGAAAUCAACUUAAUUUGGGGGAGGGGGAGGGGGGGGGGGUUAUAAAACAUAAAAUGACAUAAGUAAUCAUUUAGAAAAUAAAAUUAGGUGAUGCCCAAAAAAUUAGGUUUUUCAUUGUCAUUGAGCAAGGAUUUUGCUUUUGAAAGCGAUUCAACAUUUCUGCUAUAAGGCAUGAUGGUGGAAUCAAGUGAGUAUCCAGUUCGUCCUGGUAUAAAAGAUUGUCAGUUUUAUCUAAGAACUGGUAGAUGCGGCUACGGAGAAAAUUGUUGCUACAAUCAUCCAAAGGAGAUACCAACAGGGAAGAUUAAUAUGCCAAAGUGUAAGUUUUUUCUGAGAGGAAAAUGUAAGAACGGCUCACAUUGUGAUUUUGAUCACUCAAAGGAAGGGGAUCGUGCAGAACAUACGCGUCAGGGCCAGAAAAGAUACAGAACUGAGUCAACGUCAAGGUCAAGUCCAGAGAAGAGGAAACAUAGGCAGGGAGAUAUUGAGAAGCAGAGUACAGAGGCUGAAGACAUUCCGCAGGGAGAAAAACUGAGGGAGAUGCAAGCGAAUGAUAAUGAUCAACAGAAACUAGUGGAACAGAGAAAGAGAGAUAUUGAGAGGCAGAGGAGAGAGGCUCGUUUGAGUCUUGAGCAGAUCAAACCAACAGUUUAUUUUGAUGAAGCCAUUCGCAUCAGAGAGAUAUUAGCAGAAUUUGGAUUCAUACAUACAGAAGGCGAUGGAUUAUAAUAGUUACGAGGAUACAAAAGAGAAUUCCAGCUUCUUGGAACACAAGAAACUGAUGCGUUGUGAAGCUUUCGUAUUUUUAACCUCGUGGUUGUUGUAUUGAUUAAACUACAAUAAAUACUGAGAUUCGGAUACAUUUGAGCAUAUAUGCUCUGGAGAUAAGCCAGUAAAAACAAAAAGUAGAUCAAAAGUUAAUAUCAAAACUUUUAUUUUA